AUGAAUGUGGCUGGCACUGCCGUAGAAAUAGAUGAAUCAAUGCCUAGGGCUCCGGGAGGAGACCUCGAAUGCGAAGCUCUGGUCACUUCUCUUGAGGAGGAGCUGCAGCGCUGGCGGGAACGGUAUGAAACCAACCAAGAGUUGUAUUCAGCUGUCAAGCAAUGGCAUCUCAAUUUUGAACAACUACGCGGGGCCGAAGUCAAAACUGCAGUCCAUCCUCAAGAAAAUAAUCUUUCUUACGGCCUGAUGGAGUUAGAUUCGCUGGCCAAAUUUAAUCUAUAUCAUUUCUGGAAACCCAAAUAUCAGAUCUUAAGACACUACAGUGGUAGUUUGCCCAUCAUUGAGAGAUAA